CUUCCUUUUUUCACUCGUCAAAGCAACUCAAGAUGGCUAACCCUGAUAAGGACCACCCCAAGGCGUACGACGUCAUCGAUCGUGUCGCCAAGAACGCCCACAUCCAGGGCAUUGACGCGUACAACUCAGAGUACAAGCGCUCGACGGAGAACCCCGACGAGUAUUGGGCGGAAAAGGCGCGCGAGAACAUCCUUUGGUUCCGCGACUUCGAUCAAACCAAGAACGGACACUUCGAAAACGGCGAUGUGACGUGGUUCUUGAACGGUCAGCUGAACGCGAGCACGAACUGUAUUGAUCGACACAUCGCCAAGAACGGCGAAAAGACCGCCAUCUUGUGGGAAAGCGACGAACCCGGCGUCCACCGCCGCAUUUCGUACAACGAACUGCUCGCGGAAACGUGUAAGAUCGCCAAUGCUAUGCUACUCAACGGCGUGCGCAAGGGAGACACCGUGGCCAUUUACAUGCCCAUGAUCCCCGAAGUCGCAAUGGUCAUGCUUGCUUGCACCCGUAUCGGUGCCGUGCACAGCAUCGUGUUUGCCGGGUUUUCGUCAGAAGCGUUGCGUGACCGCAUUGUGGACGCCAAAUCCAAGUGGGUGUUCAUGGCCGACGAAGGCAAGCGCGGUGGCCGCACGCUGCAGCUAAAGAAGACUGUGGACGAAGCCAUCGCCGGCUUGGACGUUGUCGAAAAGGUGUUUGUGUUCAAGCGCGCUGCCCAAGCAUGGACCCCUUCGGGCAAAGAAAUCGACAUGAACGAACUCCUCCCCAAGAUGCGUCCGUACUGCCCUGCCGUGUGGAUGGACUCGGAAGACCUCAUGUUCAUCUUGUACACGUCCGGUUCCACCGGGCAGCCCAAGGGAGUCGCGCACACCACUGGCGGGUACCUCACGUACGCGCACGUGACGGCCAAGUACACGUUCGACUUGCAAGAAGACGACGUGUACGCGUGCGUGGCCGACUGCGGGUGGAUCACGGGCCACUCGUACAUUGUGUAUGGCCCCCUCUCGAACGGUGCGACCACCGUCAUGUUUGAGUCCACGCCCUUGUACCCGUACCCGAGCCGGUACUGGGAUCUCGUCCAACGCUACAAGAUCACUCAAUUCUACACGGCCCCUACCGCCAUCCGCGCGCUCAUGAGCCACGGCGCCAACAAGCUCGAAGGUUACGAUUUGAGCUCGCUCCGCAUUCUCGGCAGUGUCGGUGAACCGAUCAACCCCGAAGCGUGGCGCUGGUACUACGAAGUGGUCGGCAAGUCGCAAUGCAUGAUCGUCGACACGUACUGGCAAACCGAAAGCGGCGGGCAUUUGGGCACGGGGCUGCCAGGUGCCACCCCCAUGAAGGCCGGGUCGUGCGGCCUUCCCUUCUUUGGCGUCGAGUUCACCCUGUUGAACGACCAAGGCGACGAAGUCCCCGGCAACAACGUCGAAGGCCGCUUGUGCGUCAAGAACCCAUGGCCCGGUCUCGCCCGCACAGUCUAUGGCGACCACUCCCGCUACCUCAACGUGUACAUGCAGCCCCAUCCCGGCUACUACUUCACGGGUGACGGCGCGCGCCGUGACAACGACGGGUACUACUGGAUCACCGGUCGCAUUGACGACGUCUUGUGCACGUCUGGCCAUCGCAUCGGCACGGCCGAGGUCGAAAGCGCGUUGGUCGCGCACAACGUGGUUACGGAGGCCGCCGUGGUCGGCGUGCCCCACCGCGUCAAGGGCGAGGGCAUCUGCUGCUUUGUGACUCUCAUCUACAGCGUCGAACCGAGCCCGCAAGUCGAGCAGGAACUGAUCAAACAAGUCCGCCACGUGAUUGGCGCGAUCGCGUCGCCCGACGUGAUUGUGUUCGUGUCCGGCCUCCCCAAGACCCGCAGUGGCAAGAUCAUGCGCCGCAUCCUCCGCAAGAUCGCGCACGGCGAAUCCAGCUCCAUCGGCGACGUCUCGACGUUGGCCGAACCUGCCGUGGUCCCCGAAAUCAUUGAAAAAACCGCCAAGGCGUUGUUGGGCAAGGCAUUGUAAAUAAAUUCAAAUGUAUAUAAAUGAGUGAUUCAAGUGUAUACA